AUGAUGGAACGGAAUAUGGAUUACAACAAAAACCAGUUUAACAAAUCAUCGCCAUUACCGCAUCGACAUCUUUCAAAGAGCAAACAAAAGAUUAUGGACAGAUCACCAUCAGAUACAAAUAGUUUCUAUGACUUGCAAAAAUAUCGUAAUGAAAAAUCAAAUGUUAUUAGUCGAGGUUGUAAUACUAUCCAAAAUAAUAUUAAAACCCUACGACCAGAACAAUUGAAAUUAAUCUACGAUGAUUUCGUUCAAGAAUUAAAAUUAUGGUCAAAUAAUCAAUCGUAUGAACUUCUAUCUCAUAUAGUUAGGGUCUUAGACAACGUUAAUGAUAUGAUAUUAAUUGAUUCAUUAAUACUUAAUCAUGAAUUUUAUUUUAUAUUAAUAAAUACAUUAAAAGAUAUACUGAAAAAAUGGCAGAAGAGAUAUGAUGCUUUAUCUAAACAAGAAUCAUUUAUAUUUCGAAAUACAAGUAGAAUUUUAUUUAAUAUGAUCAGUAGUAUGUCAGACAAUAAUGAUAUACUACAACAACAACAACAAAAACGACAAAUGUUUCAUCUGUUUUUAAAUCAGAAAUUUAUUAAAUCAGUUAAGAAAUGUUUGGAAAAUGUUGCAGUGUAUGGAAAACACAUAACGAAUGGUAAUAAUUUCAAAUAUUUUGCAAAAUUAAUUGAUAUUCUAGCUGAUUAUCAGUGUGUUUUAAAUAAAGAAGAACAAGAAAAAUUAUCCUCAUUACUAUUGAAUUCAAUUGUUAAAUGUUUAUGUUCAGAAUAUUAUGUCGACGCAUUUAAGCACUUACAAUUAAAAUCAAAUUCAAUGUCUGAAAACGAAAAGUUUUUUCUACGUAAAUGUCCAUCCUAUCUGACAUCAUAUGCAGUUAAAUGUCUUGCGUUUAAGAAAUAUAUACCAGUAAUAAAAGAAUGGAAACAUCCAGUUAAACAUUCGAUGUACCAUUUAAUUGAUAUUCUUAAUCAUAGUGUUAGUCGAUUUCAAUCAUAUGUGACUCGUAUCAGUCAAUAUUUAUCAAUAAUUGACGGUCUUCUUGUUAUAUUAAAUGAGCCGUUAUUGUCAACUGAAAAUGUAAUGGAAAAGUCAACAAACAUUGAAGUAAUUCUUAUCGAAAGUACAAUUAUAUUGAUGUUAAAAUUGGUCUGUCAUCCAUCUAUUUUGAACUAUGUUAAACAAAAACAAGUGACACAAACAUUCUUAAGUUUAACGAAUUCGAAAUAUGAUUCAAUACAACUAAAUGCUUAUCUGAUAUUGGCUUGUGUGAUGAAUGAGGGUAAUAUAUCAACAGUGGUUAAUAAGGAAAAAAUAAUAUCAAAAAUACCACAUUUUUUAAAAUAA